AGGCGAGGAGGGGGUGAGACUGUGGGGAUGAAACCGUGGAAAUCAAUAGAGGAUGUACAAGAGGAUACCAGGGCAUGAGAUCUAAGAAGAUUGUGUUUACUGGAAUUGGAGGCUACGCCAAUAUGCGUUUGUAUUCUUUAACCACAAACCAAUCGAUAGAAUUAGUGCUGCGACCAAAAAGUUACGGCCACACCGAGCAUAGUGGUGUCCGGGUUUAUAAAACAUUUUACUCAAGUUUGUGAAUAUCAACGGCUUUAUGGAACAAUUGCUCUGUUAAAUACCCUCAGAACUCAAUAAAACAAUAUAAG